GCUUUGUUUGCGGUUGUAGUUUCAAAAUUCUAAGUCAUAAUUUGCACUUGCUUAACCGUCAAAAUUACAAUAUUUUUAACAACGACAAAACGGCUAACAUUACAGACUGUGGCGUUUGAAACCGCAAAAAUAAACCAACGUAACGGACGUCGACGCCUGGGUUCGCUGUAAAGCGCCGCUAGUGAAUGCCCCACAAUUUCUUGCGUGUGCACAUGCUUUUGGUCCUAAUCAAUAGUUGGCAGACGGUCAUUUAGAUUUAAUUGUUGAAAGAAAUAGGCCUCAAACAACAACAUUGGAGCUCCGACAAUAACAAUAGAAACACCUGCAAAGCGACGAUGACGGCCAAGAGCGAUAUGGAUAUUCUGGCCAACUCCAUGUACGAGGACGACCCCAAUGGCAACUUAGCACCCGCCGCCACUGACGACCAGGAAUCGGUUAAUCCGGAGGAGCUAAAGGUCACCCCCACUGGCACCAAUACAACAUCCCCCAACUCAACAACCAUAACUUCGACUUCUCCGCGAUGGGGUCCGCAGAAUAAGGGCGCUCAGGAACUGGCUUUAUUGUACAGUCCAGGAAAACGUGCCCAGGAAAUCAUUUGCGUAUACACCUGCAUUGGCCUGAUGAUCAUCAACCUGGCCUUGAUCGUUAGGCACCUGAGAUUGGAGCGGAUUAGUGUGGCUUUUCUGUCCGCCCUGUGCGGCAUUAUAACGGCUGACUUUGCCUCCGGCUUGGUUCACUGGGCGGCAGACACAUGGGGAUCGGUGGACAUUCCCAUGAUUGGAAAGAACUUCCUCCGACCCUUUCGCGAGCAUCAUCUAGAUCCCACAUCUAUAACGCGACACGACUUCAUUGAGACGAAUGGCGACAACUUUAUGGUUGGCAUACCAAUUCUCGGGUACUUGGUCCACUAUUUCUACUUCAGGACGCCCAGCGAGAUCCAGCAACACUUCGGCUGGAUAGCCUAUGUGUUCCUCUGCUCCAUAUUCGUGGCCAUGACCAAUCAGAUACACAAAUGGUCGCAUACCUAUUGGGGAUUGCCGAGGUGGGUCCUGUUACUCCAGAGCUGUCACAUAAUCCUGCCACGCAAGCAUCAUCGAAUACAUCACGUGGCGCCCCAUGAGACCUACUUUUGCAUCACCACCGGAUGGCUUAACUGGCCACUGGAACGCAUCAGAUUCUGGUCAACAUUCGAGCUUAUCAUCGAGCAUUUUACGGGGCUCAAGCCCCGCGAUGACGACCUGAAAUGGGCCAAGAAACUCACAUAGGCUCGCUGCCCAGCGAAUGUAUAUAGGAAACAUGGACCAAAAGCGGCCUUAAAUUGCUGAACGUCACCUUCAUAUGUUGUCAUACAAUCGGUAUUUCUAACAGAAUGAAGUAGCUUUAAAUGAGACAAGAUUGCAUACAUACUUAUUAGGUUUAUCACAUAAUUCUCAGUUGCAUGUUUGUUAAAAAUAGUUGAUUGUUUUAGAUUAAGUUCGUGUUUUUGAAAUACCAUAUUGCUAUUGUACACCUGCACACACUCGCACAAUAGAGCGCAUAAACUAAUUGAUCUCGCCACAGAUUAAUCGUACUACGAGUGAGCCUUACGUAUACCUAAAUAAUAAGUGGAACAGAUUAAUAACUGUUGAGCACAAGCUUGGCUGGUCAAUUUUUAAAGAUUUACA